AUGACGCCUAUGUCCGAUUCCGCAGGGACGAUAUACUCGCGCAGCGUGAUCCUGUUUUGUCACUUGUGGGCCUUUUUCUUUGGGCAGACUCUUCAUGAUGAUCUAGAAAGACAGGAAAUGAGCUUACAGAAAUUUGACUCCAUCACCAACCAACUAUUAAAAGAAUGUCACCCACCUGUGACAGAAACUCUCACCAAUACACUGAAAGAAGUCAAUAUAAGAUGGAAUAACUUGCUGGAAGAGAUCGCUGAGCAGCUGCAUUCCAGCAAGGCCCUCCUUCAGCUCUGGCAGAGAUACAAGGACUACUCCAAGCAGUGUGUGUCUGCAGUCCAACAGCAGGAGGACCGCACCAAUGCACUGCUCAAGGCUGCCACUAACAAGGACAUUGCUGAUGACGAAGUUGCUACAUGGAUUCAGGAUUGCAGUGACCUUCUCAAAGGACUGGGGACAGCUAAGGACUCCCUCUUUGUUCUCCAUGAGCUAGGAGAGCAACUCAAGCAACAAGUGGACCCUUCUGCAGCAGCCAUUCAGUCGGAUCAGCUGUGCUUGAGUCAACACUUGUGCACCCUCGAGCAGGCGCUCUGCAAGCAGCAGGCAUUGCUACAGGCUGGAGUUGUUGACUAUGAAACCUUUGCCAAGAGUUUAGAGGCUCUGGAGGCCUGGAUCAUAGAAGCGGAGGACAUCCUUCAAGAACAGGACCCAUCCCACUCUUCUGACUUCUCCACCAUCCAGGAGAGGAUGGAAGAACUUAAGGGGCAGAUGUUAAAAUUCAGCAGCAUGGCUCCGGAUUUAGACCGUCUAAAUGAGCUGGGAUAUAGGCUACCCCUGAAUGAUAAGGAAAUCAAAAGGAUGCAGAAUUUGAACCGUCACUGGUCUCUGAUCUCCUCUCAGACUACAGAAAGAUUCAGCAAGUUGCAGUCAUUUUUGCUGCAACAUCAGACUUUCCUGGAAAAAUGUGAAACUUGGAUGGAAUUCCUGGUUCAAACAGAACAAAAGUUAGCAGUGGAGAUUUCAGGCAAUUAUCAACAUCUUUUGGAACAGCAGAGAGCACAUGAGUUGUUUCAAGCUGAGAUGUUCAGUCGUCAGCAGAUUCUGCACUCGAUCAUUAUUGAUGGGCAGCGUCUUCUAGAACAAGGUCAAGUUGAUGACAGGGAUGAAUUCAACCUGAAGUUGACACUUCUCAGUAACCAAUGGCAAGGAGUGAUUCGCAGGGCCCAGCAGAGGCGAGGGAUCAUUGACAGCCAGACCCGCCAGUGGCAGCGCUACAGAGAGAUGGCAGAAAAGCUCCGUAAAUGGUUGGUUGAAGUGUCCUAUCUUCCCAUGAGUGGUCUUGGAAGCAUCCCUGUAGCAAUGCAGCAAGUGAGGACCCUCUUUGAUGAAGUGCAGUUCAAAGAGAAGGUGUUCCUGAGACAACAAGGUAGCUACAUCCUGACUGUGGAAGCAGGCAAGCAACUGCUGCUCUCUGCUGACAGUGCAGCUGAGGCUGCCUUGCAGGCUGAACUCACCGAAAUCCAAGAGAAAUGGAAGUCAGCUAGCAUGUGUCUGGAGGAGCAGAAGAAAAAAUUGGCCUUCUUGUUGAAAGACUGGGAAAAAUGUGAGAAAGGAAUAGCCGAUUCUCUGGAGAAACUUCGAACUUUCAAAAAGAAGCUCUCCCAGCCUCUCCCAGAUCACCACGAUGAGCUCCAUGCAGAGCAAAUGCGGUGCAAGGAAUUAGAAAAUGCAGUGGGGAGCUGGACGGAUGACCUGACCGAGCUGACGCUGCUGAGGGAUACUCUUGCUGCCUUUAUCGGUGUCGAGGACAUCUCCAUCCUUAACGAACGCAUCGAGCUUCUGCAGAGGCAGUGGGAGGAAUUGUGCCACCAGGUCUCCUUAAGACAGCAGCAAGUAAGUGAGCGACUGAACGAAUGGGCGGUGUUCAGUGAGAAGAACAAGGAGCUGUGCGAGUGGCUGACUCAAAUGGAAAGCAAAGUUUCUCAGAAUGGAGAUAUUCUCAUUGAGGACAUGAUAGAGAAGCUGAAGAAGGAUUAUCAAGAGGAAAUUGCUGUUGCCCAAGAGAACAAAAUACAGCUCCAGCAAAUGGGAGAACGACUUGCUAAAGCCAGCCAUGAAAGCAAAGCAUCUGAGAUUGAGUACAAGCUUGGAAAGGUCAAUGACCGGUGGCAGCAUCUCCUGGACCUCAUUGCAGCCAGGGUGAAGAAGCUGAAGGAGACUCUGGUGGCCGUCCAGCAGCUUGAUAAGAACAUGAGCAGCCUGAGGGCUUGGCUUGCUCACAUUGAGUCAGAGCUGGCCAAGCCCAUAGUUUAUGAUUCCUGUAACUCAGAAGAAAUACAGAGGAAGCUUAAUGAGCAGCAGGAGCUUCAGAGAGACAUAGAGAAGCACAGCACAGGGGUCGCCUCUGUCCUCAACCUGUGCGAAGUCCUGCUGCAUGACUGUGACGCUUGUGCCACCGAUGCUGAGUGUGACUCCAUCCAGCAAGCUACACGAAACCUGGACCGGCGGUGGAGAAAUAUCUGUGCCAUGUCCAUGGAAAGGAGGCUCAAAAUCGAAGAGACAUGGAGACUGUGGCAGAAGUUUCUGGAUGACUAUUCUCGUUUUGAAGAUUGGCUAAAGAUUUCAGAAAAGACAGCUGCUUUCCCCAGCUCUUCUGGGGUGCUCUACACAGUUGCCAAGGAAGAACUAAAGAAAUUUGAGGCCUUCCAGCGACAGGUCCAUGAAAGCCUGACCCAGCUGGAACUGAUCAACAAGCAGUACCGCCGCCUGGCCAGAGAGAACCGCACAGACUCUGCGAGCAGCCUCAAACAGAUGGUUCACGAAGGCAACCAGAGAUGGGACAACCUGCAGAAGCGCGUCACCUCCAUCUUGCGCAGACUCAAGCAUUUUAUUAGCCAACGUGAGGAGUUUGAGACUGCACGGGACAGCAUCCUAGUGUGGCUAACAGAGAUGGACCUGCAGCUCACUAACAUUGAGCACUUCUCUGAGUGUGAUGUUCAAGCGAAAAUAAAGCAGCUCAAGGCCUUCCAGCAGGAAAUUUCACUGAACCACAAUAAGAUUGAGCAGAUAAUUGCGCAAGGGGAGCAGCUGAUAGAGAAGAGUGAGCCCCUGGAUGCAGCCGUCAUCGAGGAGGAAUUGGAUGAGCUCCAACGCUACUGCCAGGAGGUCUUUGGGCGUGUGGAGAGAUACCACAAGAAACUGAUCCGCCUGCCGCUUCCAGAUGAUGAUCAUGACCUCUCUGAUCGGGAGCUGGAGCUUGAUGACUCUACGGCUCUCUCGGACUUGCACUGGCAGGACCCCUCUGCAGAUGGUGCAUCCUCCCCCCAGCCUUCCUCCAACCCCUCCCUCUCGCUCCCCCAGCCCCUCCGGAGUGAGCGGUCAGGACGGGACACCCCAGCCAGUGUGGACUCCAUCCCUCUGGAGUGGGAUCAUGACUAUGACCUCAGUCGUGACCUGGAAUCUGCAGUGUCCAGAACUCUGCCCUCUGAGGAUGAAGAGGGUCGGGAAGACAAGGAUUUCUACCUCAGGGGAGCCGUUGGCUUAUCAGAUGUAGUGAUCCCUGAAAGCCCUGAGGCCUAUGUAAAACUCACAGAAAAUGCCAUCAGAAAUACCUCUGGGGAUCCCAGCGCUCUGGAGUCACAGAUCCAGCAACUGCACAAAGCACUGGAUGACAGUCACUUCCAGAUGCAGCAAACUGAAAAUAUCCUCCGUAGCAAAACUCCCACGGGGCCAGAGCUGGACUCCAGCUACAGAGGCUACAUGAAACUCCUUGGCGAAUGCAGUGACACUAUAGAUUCAGUGAGGAGACUGGAGCACAAGCUAAAGGAGGAGGAAGAGAAUCUGCCAGGCUUUGUCAACUUGAACAGCACCGAAACCCAGACAGCUGGUGUGAUUGACCGAUGGGAGCUCCUACAGGCCCAGGCACUGAGCAAGGAGCUAAGGAUGAAGCAGAACCUCCAGAAGUGGCAGCAGUUCAACUCAGACCUGAACAACAUCUGGGCCUGGCUGGGAGAGACGGAGGAGGAACUGGACCAGCUCCAGCGCCUGGAGCUCAGCACUGACAUCCAGACCAUCGAGCUCCAAAUCAAAAAGCUCAAGGAGCUCCAGAAAGCUGUCGACCACCGCAAAGCCAUCAUCCUCUCCAUCAAUCUCUGCAGCUCCGAGUUCACCCAGACUGACAGUAAGGAAAGCCACGACCUGCAGGACCGCUUGUCCCAGAUGAAUGGGCGUUGGGACCGAGUGUGCUCCUUGCUGGAGGACUGGCGGGGCCUGCUACAAGAUGCACUGCUGCAGUGCCAGGAUUUCCAUGAAAUGAGCCACGGUUUGCUUCUUAUGCUGGAGAACAUUGACAGAAGGAAAAAUGAAAUUAUACCUGUUGACUCUCACCUUGACCCAGAGAUACUGCAGGACCACCACAAACAACUUAGGGUAAGAACUCUGGCAGCUUGUGGUUAUUUCUAGCAAGGGUAUGUAUUUUUUUUUUAUUUUUAUUUUUUACCUUUUGCAUUAUAGCCUCCAACUUACACUCUUAACUUCCACACUUAAACCUCUAAUUUAACUCCUUAAGGUUUCUAGUCUCUGUGAAACAAAUGUGUGCAGGUCACAUCUCCAACUUUAGCUGUUGUUUGUUAUAUGACUCUUAAGCAUCCUGAAUCUCAAUUAGCUUGUGUUUAUGAAGGCAAUUUUUGGUAAAUUGUCC